CUUCACUCAGCAGAGAUACAUUCAAGUGUAAAAAUACGUACAUAAAUGCAUAAUUAUACGUCUAAAUAUCUAUCUUUUUACCCACUUAUAUUUGGAGUCAGAAAUUAAAUCAAAUUUCACCCGCAGGAACAACAUCAACAAUGGCUAGCCAUUCAGGCCAAGGCCCGGGUGACUCUCGUCUGGUUGACAUUAUAGUUACCGAUCUUCGGGACUCCACCUACAACGGGAAACAGGACAAGACACAAAUCGAUAUCGAAUUGAAUGGUGUCACCAUCAUAAAUGCUAACCUUUCCGUAUCCUUGGCAAAUAUUAGACGAUCGCUCGAGUCGAAAUUAGCCGCGCGAGAGUCGAACCCCUUCAAAAUCUGCAACACCGAUAACCACCCGAUUGAGUCCAUGAAAGUUCAAGGACUCGUCGGUAUAAAAAAUCUUAUCCUUUUGGACGAAGGACAAACUACUUAUCCAAUCGUGUACACGCGGAGCUGCAGUUUUGUUCCACACAUUAAAGUGGUUACGAGUCAAGAAGGAAAGUUCUACGGAUUGGAAGAGCACAACAUGGCUGCUUUCGCUUUGGCCGAACUGGUGGACAAUUCUCUCUCCGCAACUGCUAACAACAUCGAGCGAAGAAUCAUAGAAAUUCGAUUUUAUGAAAACGGGCCAAAUUCGUCCGUAGUCGUGCUGGACAAUGGAUGCGGCAUGAGCUCUGAAGAACUUCGUACCAGCUUGAAACAUAAAGCCCCAAAGGAAACACGAUUGGCAGACGAAUUACAUCCGGCCUCUCAACAAGACGCUACUAUCCCAGACGAUGAAACUUACCCCAUGUACUUAACUUCCAAGCUAAAUAAAUUCGGCGCCGGCAUGAAAAAUGCAAUUUUUUCUUUGGGAGGUGAUACCACCAUUAUGACGAAGAGGGCGGAAAGUCAGAUUGUUUCUGAAGUUUCAUUCUCCAAAAGUAGUUUGGAACAGAAAGAAUCCCAAAACCAGGAUCCGUGGAAAGCGGACAUAUUAACAGGCAAAGUGGGCAAAUUAAGAAGCAACACAACCUCUGGUAUAAUUAAGAAAAUCGUUCGUCAGGAAGCAACUAAGCCUAACUUUACCCACAUUGUCAUCCAAAAUUUAAUGCAAGAUGGAGAGGAGUCCUUCCUUGAUUUUUUACAAAGGGUUAAGCCCAAUGAUACCAGCCGGGAUCUUGUCACCAAUCACGCGACAACUAUUGAGCAACAACUAGCUCAUAUUUAUCACUAUUACGUCCAUGGACCCGAUGGAAAUGUUGAAUUCAAAGAGGACAUCCAAUCAAACUCGAUGGUUGACAUUGUUAUCUCCCGAUUCAACGCGAAAGGAACCAAAACGUCGUCCAUCAAUCUUCGCAAAGUUUGCUCGGAUUUGGAAACACGUUUCGUUCGGACGGCAUCUCCCGACCCGUACCGCUUUACAAUUCAGUCUCCCCAGUCACACAAAGUGACAGGAAUUAUACGCUAUCACCCUUUCGAGUACGACCAUGAAACCCUCCCCUCGAUCAACACUAGGGUAGCUGAUGCCAAUCGAGAGGAUAUUUCCAGAGAAAAAUUGUUCAGCCUGUGGUGGAAUGGACGACUUAUUCCACAAACAUUUUUGCCUGCUUCGAACUGGUGCAGUCCUACAGACGGGAUGAAACAUAGUGACAAACUUUACAAAUCAUACGGACGAAUAUCUGGCUCCCUCUUUCUUAAUGGGGAUAACUGCGAAAUAAACGAUAAUAAACUCAACCUAGUAACAACAUCUGGGUUGAAGGACUUACUCAAUGAGAGCAAAAAUGUUUCAAAUCAGGAUAUUAUAUUUAAACGGAUAAAACUCGCUGAGAAUCAAUAUCGCGCAAAGCGUAUUUCUAACGGGAUCAAGACAAGUUUCGAGGAAUGGUUAACAAAAAGCCGAAAGUUUGACAUGGAGGUCAAAUACUCGAAAUUAAUAAAUGAUCGAUUCAGUCUUCCCAAAGCCGGACCCGAAUUCUGCUACCAAUAUAAAGUUGCCGAGUGGGGUGGGGUUAGAUUAACUGUUGGAGACGCUGUAAAAUUGAGUAACCUUAACUCAAACCCACUCGAUAGCCUCGGAAGGAUAAAAUCAUUCCAUGUCCCCCAUUUGAGUUGCCACUGGUCUGCCGAAGAUAAAGAAUAUACGAGUAAACCACAACAGUCCGUGUUUGCUCCUAUAUCUUAUUUUUCAAUCGAACGCCUUCCCACCGCGUUUUAUGUGCAUGAGGGACAGUCUCCAAUUGAAGUCGAAUCAAUGGCAUUAAUCGACAAAAGUGUAGCUCCUUCGCGAGCCGCAGAUCAAAUUAAGGCCAAAAAUGAUGAACUCCACCUCGAUUUAAAAACUGUUUGUGAUUUCGAACCCAAGUUGGAAAAUGAUUUUGAGAUCUCGGCAAAUGCUCGCAUCUUUGGCCCGGUUGGAUUUGACGUUGUCAAAAAAAGCGACGACACCUCGGUGAGAGGUUACUUCCCUUUUUAUCAUCCGAGGGGGAAAAGGAUCAUCCUCAUUUCAAUGAUCCAUAGACUAGACGACCAGCGCAAACGCCACCUGGUUUACGAAGGAGGGGAAGUUUGCAAAUACGUGGGAAAGCUAAGACCCAGUGGAUACCACUUCAAAGAACUGGAAUUUAAUGCCACACAGUACGCCAAGUAUGGGAAAUGUGACCAAAUUGGGAAAUAUAUUCUCAGCUUUCGGUCUUACAUUGUAACUUCCACCGGAACUUUGCCUACAACAUCCACAGGCCUACGGAGAGCGUCCACGCCAGCGGCUGAUUCCCCCUACGAAAUUGAAUGGGAGCAGCCACUGGAUUCUAGGGGCAGAAAGAUACUCAACGUUGAUGGUGGGCAAAUACGGAUGCCAUAUUUAGAGUUCAAUUUUUCCGUUAUUGCCGGGCCGCCAGACAAGUUCGAGAUGUACCAACUUAGUACCGAACACCUUACAAUCGGGGUUAGAUUCAAAAUUAGUUUUACCUGUAAGGAUGCCGGCGGAAAUUGCAUUACUGGAGAAAACCUGGAGGCUGCAGCAGCAUUGUUGAAACCGAAUAUUACUUUCUUGAUCAAUUGAUUCUGAACUUCCUUUCACGUUUGGGGGGUUGUGUGUCGACGGAGAUAAACUAGUUAUUAAAGACGUAAUCACGAAAGGACACCUUAACAACAACGAAUUCAAGGUGAUUACAC